UAAUCUUUAAACAAAUUAUCGAAAAACGCCAUCAUUUGUUUAUUUACCUACCGUAAGUUAUCGUAUAAUUGUCGCAACGAUGUGUGUUAUAUUUGUAUUGUUUUACUUAACAUUUAUCACGGUGUGCAAGCUCGCGGAGGCGGUUAUGAGAAAAGUCCAACUGGAAAAUCUCCAAAACGGCGACUGCCGGUACAAAUCGGAGGACGCACCGGUUGGUCAACCGACUUCGUAAUGAUAAUAUCAUAAUAAUUUAUGUUAAUUUCUUUGUGUUCAGCUCCAGACUUCGGCCACACCAUCGCGAAAGGACAAGUUUGCUCAGGCAAACAUUCGGGGACCUUGUCUCCUCCGCCGUCGCGGCCGGGUGAUGUCCUCGACGUCACGGCCGAAUAACGGAAGAGAGACCGAGCAGGCUGACAUUCGAAUCAGGUGUCCACCGACGGCGCCGACUUUCCCGGCACGGAACGUGGCCGACAAUCGAAUCAGGUGUCCACCGACGCCGACUACUAUUCCGGCACAAAACGUAACCCCGGCCUCGGACACGACUUUGUCGCGGCCGAUUGCCGGUUACAAGAACGUGGCCGACUAUCCAAUCAGGUGUCCACCGACGCCGACUACUGUUCCGGCACAAAACGUAACCCCGGCCUCGGACACGACUUUGUCGCGGCCGAUUGCCGGUUACAAGGACGUGGCCGAUCCUGGAUUCGCGUUCCCGCCGCCGCAGCCGACGACGCCGCGGGAAUUUUACGUGGGACCGGCAAUGUUUGUGGUAUGGAGACAGCAGGCCCCGAGCGUGGCCGGAUGUCCGCCGCCGCCUCCUGUGCCGGAAUUCUACGUGGGCCCGGCGUGGUUUGAUGUGGACGGACCGCCGCCACUCCCGUGUUGCGUGGCGGCAUCGAGGUUCACAUACCCGCCCCCACCGCCCCGUCGUUCCGGUCCCAGUGCUGCGGGAGUUCCCGCCGCGGCCGGAAGUGCAUAACGCUGCACAAGCACGCGUUACCAGACAACGGUGACGUGCAAUUCAUAAUUUUUCUCGUCAUAUUCACAAUCAUCACAAUCAUCAUACAUAUUCAUAUCAUAUCAUCGUGAGUUUGCAUUUUAUAACACUGUACAUCAUAAUAUCAUUUAAAAUAUCUACCUGUCUUCUAAACUAUUAAUAUUGUGUAUAUAACUAAAAUAUAAUA